AUGCCCCGACUCCCGCCUUCAUUGACUCGCCUCUUGUCGCGGCCACCGUCGCUGCAGACCGUUUCGUCCACGCUACGGCCAUUCGCCGCUGCCUCCGCCAUGCAGGUGUCGAACACCAUAACAAAAUUACCAUUCAUCACACAUCCAUUUUUGAAAUCUGCGAAUCCGUCCUUUUUGGCGUCGGCAUGGCGGACAACGUCUCUUCAGCCGCCGACCAUCCUAUGGUCUGUAGUACAGGCGCGAUUUGGUGCUCGCGGGGCGGAAUACCAGCCCUCGCAACGUAAACGCAAGCGCAAACACGGCUUUUUGGCGAGGAAACGUAUAUACACACACGACUAG